GCUGUGUUGUUGAUAACGCGAGAGUCGGUCCGUGUUUAUUAUGUGUGCGGCGUGAUUAGCAGUUGGUCGCCCGUCGUUUCCUGCAGCCGUCCGGCACCACGCACAACAACAAAUAAUAAUAUCGUAGCUUUUCGUCUGUCGUUUGUUUUCGUCCACCUCUUUCGCGUCUGUCCUGUUCCGAUAUUUCGCUCUCGCAGUAUUGGCGGCGUUUUUCCCAUUCUCUUCGUCUGUUUUUCAUUCAAAAACGUAGUCAGCGUUCCUCUUCUUUUCGUAUUGUUUUGUUAACAAUUUUUUCUACCUACCAUCGCUGUCCAUCCCCAGACCCUGAUGUACCGCCACGACGUCUGCCGCCCGCUAUAGGGAAUCUCCUCGCACGUUUGCCGUGUUCAUAUGGUGCACCAUACCGUCGUGUAGACAGCUACCAAGGACUGACAUCCGACCAACAGUCGCUCAGACUUCUACCCAUAGUUCGCCCUGACUAUGGCCGAGAAAUGUGUCAAGGCACCGGCUACCGGCCCUCGACCGGUACCGAUGAAACUGUUUGCCACCUGGGAAGUUGAUCGCACACCAUCCAACUGUGUACCCAGGGUAUGUUCAAUGAAUUUAACAAAACUGGUACUAACCAAACCCCUGGGAUCAGAUAUGUCAUCUUCGUUAACUAUAGCUGUAAAAAUGCAAGGAUCAAAGAGAACCUUACGAACAAAUGAACUGCCCCUGACAGCAAACGGAUCUCUCGAAAUAGAAUUGCAGUUAAACUUCUGUCUUCAGUAUCCACACUUUUUGAAACGAGACGUUAACAAAUUACACGUAAUGCUUCAACGUCGAAAGAAGUACAAAAACCGUACUAUACUUGGUUUCAAAACAUUGGCCGAAGGAGUUAUUAAUAUGUCACUUGUACUACAAAGACCUCUUGAUCUCGAACUAGAACUAUUAAGUGAUCCUAAAGACCCCAAGUCUCUUAUCGGCCGUGUAUAUAUCAUGUGCUUAAAUAGUCAACCUGUGGAUCACGAAGAAGCUACAAAACCUGUUACUGGAAGGGGUCCAGAUUAUUCUGAUGAAGAUGAAGAGUUCAGCAGUGGGGAAGAAGCAUCAGAUUCUGAACCAACUUUGGAAGAUAGACGGCGCAAGAAAAAUAUCGCAACUGGAAAUGCAAGACAAAGAAAUCUAAAACAAAAAUUUAUUGCACUUCUGAAAAGGUUCAGAGUUAAUGAAGAUUUGCAUUCAUUAGAAAAUGAUAGAGAGACCAUAAGUCAAAAACUGUCAGGCGGUGACAUGGACCCAGCAGAUAUUGAAGAUCUUUUUGAGGAGCUAGAAGAUUUGAGUGACUCUGGGCCUGAUUUGGAUACAUUAUCUAUUUUAUCUACACCUAAACCAUCACUACGUCCAUUCUUUUCAAGCUCUCGUACAAAUAUGAUACAUGAAGGCAUCUCAGGACGGCAUUCCCAUAAGAAAAGUCACACCACAAGUUUUCCGCCUUACAACAGAACCAAAGGUGUGCCAACCGUAGAACGUAACAUUGAAAGAUUUAGUGACGAAAGUUCAAAAAAGGCUGAUUCUGAUUCGUAUUUGGACACAUGGACGGACAGUGACCCUACUCCGAUGAAUUCAUCACCUCCGAAAAUGGGCAACAAUGACGAUAAAAAGGAAACUCCUGGCACGGUAGAAAAGGAAAAAGAAAAAAAAUCAAGAAUUUUCACAAGGGACCGUACUUCAUCGUCGAAUAAGUAUAAGAAGUCUCCAAUGCCGAAGCAGAUAAAUGACAAUGAUCGUACAAAUGCAGGGACUGGUACUGGAGGUUCAGGAGAAAAUGUAGUCUCCAUGGUUGAGCCUAGAAAAGCAUUGAUGGAACAACUGUCCAAAGUGUUACCUCCCGAAGAUAAAAUGCCUGAAGUAUUAUGUUUAAUACACUAUGCAGAUCCAUUGGGUUGUCAGCUUGCAUCCAAACUGCAGAAUUACCAAUUCAAAGUUAUCACACCAGCUGGAUUAGCCGACGUGCGUGCUACUUUUGUGUGCAUUAUUAAUAAGAUACAGAAAUACUGUAAUUCUAACCCCAAACCCCCGAGUCAAAUGAAGAUAUUGCUUGCUGGUUCUGAUAGCUUUGUAAACUAUGUAUUACGACAGUAUGUAGAACAGUUAUCAUUCAAGCCACCUGACUGGAUGAAUUAUAUUAAAUUUUAUAUUAUACCAUUAGGAAUUAACACUCUCUCAAGAUACUUGGGUACAGUCGACAGUUAUUAUGGUACAACAUUUCUGUUCAAAGAAGAUUACUGGAAAGAACAAUUGGAAUGUGGGGAUGGAACAGAUAUAAUAGUCAAAAUCCAAAAUUACAUCAUGGAAGCCUCUAAUACAAUCCAAUUGCAGAUUGCUGAAGCAAUGCUAUCAUAUAAAGAAAAAAGUUCUGAUGAUGAAGCCUUACAAACAUUCAUACCAUUUGUCAAUGAUGUGAGAAUUUGCUCUGGGGAUGCGGCAUCAGGUUCAAAUGAUACUGAUGAUCAAUGUUCAAUCAUCAUUGAUCGUAAGUCCAUUUUAGACAAGACUACACCGCCCAAUUCACCCAAUAUUGGAAUGCAAUACUUGCCUCCACCCACAAAGCAAGUUAAUUGGGAGUUAUGUGAGCCCUUAGAAUUACAACUCGACUAUUGGUUGGUGCCAAAUACUAACAAGGAAGUUACUACUAGAGGCAAUGAACCAAGCAGUAAGAGAGUGGAUACCAAAUUCACAUUAAAGACUGGUUUUAAGAGUUUACAUAUCUCAAGACUGUUUCUGACCAAUGAAGAACCACUAGCAUUUUUUACUGUGAGCUAUAUUAAGGAAAAAAAACAAAAAAUUAUGCGAUUGGGAAAAAAGAAAGAAAAAGAAAAAGACUUAGAUCCCAAGAAUCAAGUAAUUGACAGUGUUUUAAGAUUAAUCUGCUCACCGAAAACUCAACAUUUCCCACUCACAAUAACUAUUGAUGGAUAUGAAUGGAGUGGUGUGAAGUUUUUCCAAUUAUCAUCACAGUGGCAAACACACAUCAAACAUUUUCCAGUUGCAGUUUACUCAUUAGAUUAUCAACCGGCAAGUCUACCGCACUUAAACCAUGGACUUUAAAUUGCCGCAAUGAUCUAAAACUCCGUUUUCUUAAACCUAACUUUUAAAUUAAAUAAAAACAGACCAACCUUACAUAAAAUGCAGUGGUUAAAUAUUAUUAUCUAAUAGGAAUUUCCAUUUAUUUUAUAAACUGAUUUAUAUAUUAUUCGUAAAUAUAUAAAGAAACCAUUGAACCCUCGUAAUUAUUGUAAACCCUUAUAUCCAAUGUUUUUAUUAUUGUAACCAAAGACUACACGUUUUAUUAUUCUAAUUAUUGUACCUAAUUAUCUUACUACUAUUUAUGUGUGAUUUUUAUUUAAUUGUGAUUUUAUAAGUUUAACUACCAAGACUUUUUUUUAUGAAAACAAUUUUUAUAAUGUAAUACUACUAUUAAAAUCAUUUGGAACAUUUGAAGUAAUGCUUAAUAAUUCAAGUCAAUAUUAUUAUUAUUGAAAUAUCAAUAUCAAUAGACUUAAGGAAUAUUACUAUAAUUAUUUUAUUCUUAUUAUAUUGCUAUAGCUAUUAUAAUUAUUAUCAUACUACUACUACUAUUAUUAUCAUUAUUAUUAUUAGCAUUUUAUUAUUAUUAUUACCUACCUAGUAGAUAUCAAUACAUCACAAUAACCAAUGCCAAAUUAUAUGACCAAUGGUUAGGAGACACUACGCAUCGACAUUGUUUUAGAGUCCCAACCACUGCAAUUUGGAUGUGACGGAUAGCAGAAUUGUAAUGAACAAUGUAAUCGAAUCGAAUCUCAUGAACAUAUUAACUGCCUUAUUUAACCUGCAAGGCUUUAUUUUAUUUCUUUUUUCUUAGCUCGUAAUCAAUAAUACACUACCAUUUAAGGGUUAAAAAUCAAACUACAAAAUAAAUGUUAUUAUUGACUAUUGUAAUAAAAAAAAUAAAUGUGUGUGAUACUGUUCAA